AGACGCCUAGGAGUAGUCAUCCUGACCAACGUUGGCCUUGUGUUGAAAUGGAAGCUUGCUUGACCAGAUGCUUUAAUGGAAAUGCGUUUCGAAGAGCUCUAAAACCUCUCAAUUUAAAAACCUCGAAUCCUUCCUUUCGCUGCUCUUCCAUGCCCAUCCAUUCUGGAGGAACAAAGUCCCUUAUAAAGGCAUAUGAUGCUUUAUUGUUGGACGCUGGAGGAACCCUUUUGCAAUUGGCAAAGCCUGUCGAGGAAACCUAUGCUUCUAUUGGGAGCAAAUAUGGUCUGACUACAAGUUCAGUGGAGAUAAAGAAGGGAUUUAAGAGAGCUUUUGCUGCCCCAUGGCCUGAAAAGCUACGUUACCAGGGAGAUGGGAGGCCAUUUUGGAAACUUGUUGUUUCUGAAGCCACUGGUUGCACUAAUGAUGAUUAUUUUGAAGAAGUCUAUAAGUACUAUGCAAAUGGCGAUGCAUGGCGCCUUCCAGAUGGGGCUUAUGAAACAUUAUUCCUUCUUAAAGAUACUGGAGUUAAGCUGGCUGUUGUAUCCAAUUUUGACACCCGCUUAAGGAAGCUAUUAAAGGACCUAAAUGUUAUAGAUUUGUUUGAUGCUCUAAUCGUAUCUUCAGAAGUUGGAUAUGAAAAACCAGAUCCAAAUAUAUUUAAAGCUGCUUUAGAUCAAGUAAAUGUGGAGGCUAGCAAGGCAGUACAUGUUGGAGAUGAUCUCAAGGCAGACAAGGAUGGAGCUAAUGCAAUUGGUAUUGAUUGCUGGCUAUGGGGAGCAGAUGUCAAGACAUUCACAGAUAUACAAAAUCGCAUCCUUGCCUAAGUAAUUAGGUGUCAACAGUUCUUAGUGCUAAUUCAAGUCUUUGUAAUUCUUGGAUAUAUUUAUGUUUUGGAUACCAUGUAAAUUUUAAGUUGAAAGAACUGAGUUUAUCAUAGCAUUGAUGAAAAUCUGUGGAAAUCUGUGGAAGUGACCUUUUGAAAGAUUGGCAUAUUAUGCAUUCCUAAGAGAAAGAGGGAACUGUUGACAGGGGAUAAAAAUUCCCCUUCAGUAAGUUGCAACUGUAUUGAUGAA